UCUCUCUCUCUCUCUCUCUCCCCUGCACACUCCCCACCUUAGAGAUCUUUAAAAGCCGCUGCUCACCGCGUCUCUCCAAGCUGUCUGUUUUAUCGCUCUUUCGCUGCAGGGGACUCCUGGCUGCCUCGCGUUCCAAGCUGCACCCGGCUUAGCCGCAGAGAGAGAGAGAAAAAAAACAGAGAAGUCAUCCUUUUGCGAGAAGGGCACGAAUAAGGAGCUGUCGUCUGUUGCUGGGAGCCUGGGAUCCGGACAAAAUGCCUCUCCUCUCAAACCUACUGGCCCUUCUCUCCCUGUUGCUGCUCUCAAAGCAAGGCUUCUGGACCCUCGCUGCUCAUCUGGGCCCCCAGAAGCCCUCUGGCUCCACCGGGGGCCACAAAGACCAUGCGGCAGAAGUGAGCACCUCCGUGCUGGCCCUGGGUGAGCCCUGUGGGGUGUACACCUUGAUCUGCGCCAGGGGGCUGAGAUGCAUGCCCCCGCCCAGGGAGAGUAGCCCCCUGCAGGCUCUGCUGCAGGGAAGGGGUGUCUGCUCCAAGAACCACUCUACCAGGGCCCAUCAGAGGCCCCCCACCACAGAUUCAACAUUCAAUGGUGAGCUAGAAAAGGGCCCCUGUCGAAAGCUACAGAAUGCUGUGCUGCAGAGUCUGGAAAUCACCGUUGUCCAGCCCAAUCCUGAAAUCUACAUCCCCAACUGUGACACCCGUGGGUUUUACAGGAGAAAGCAGUGCUGGUCGUCCAAUCAAAUGCAGCGCGGCCGCUGCUGGUGUGUGGAUGAAGAUGGCGGAUUCCUGCCGUCACACAUCAGAGACGACGGCACGGUGCAGUGCGGUAGCCAAUGAGGGGAGGGGGGGCGCGGGCUUCUCCGCAGCAGGGCAGUGGAGGGUCUCUGCGCGCAUGCCGGACGCUGUAGGGCCCAAAAGAGCCAGGGAUGAAACGUUAGCCACCCCUCUCCCUCAGCCUCACAUUCCAAACAGGGGAAACACAGCCAUGAAGUCCUCCAGCAAGAUUCACUGCUUCAAACGACAAUGUAAGGAGACAGAAACUAUGGAAUGAAAGCACUUUUGGUAAUUAAGAUUUUUAAUGUCUUAAUUUUGAAUUUGAUGAAAGCACAAUCCAAGGUCUUCUGUGGUAAUGUUAGUAGGCAUACUAACUAGCCAUAUCCCUGACAUCAGCCUUGCCAAUGAGUUCUAGCAGCUUGAUGGUAAGAAAAAUUAAAUAAGGACCUAUACUUUGACUAUCAUAUUACUGUUGGGUACAGCCACCCUUUCAGUAAAAAUCCGUUGAGUUUCUGUUGCAUGACAAACACUGAACUCCUGAAUGUCUCCUACAUUAUGGGUGAGCUUCCCAGAAACAAUCCUCUUAAUUCCUUAAAUGAGUCAUUGCCAAUGGCCCCAGGCAGUUCCACUAAGACUCAACUGUCUGCGGUCACAACUGUUCUCUACUUCAGAUUUUAAAUGUUCUAAAUAUAUUAAUAUUAAUGUCCAUAGAAUCUCAUUGCACUCUGUGUCCAAUGGCAGACUAUCAGGUAGCACUGGCAUGUCUGCAAAAUAAGAUUUUGAAUAAAUACAUGUAUUCUAGUAAACAGUGGAACAAUAAACAGAAUAAACCCUUAUUUCUCCAUGAGACAUUCAAGUGUAAAUCACAUUAACACCAUUUUAUCUAGCUGACACUGAGCACUAGUCCCUGGAGCUGGCUGUCUACCUUAGUAUCUGAGAUUACUUCUGACUUUAUCAAUGAAAUUUUUCACUUUUCAUGCAGAGACCACAGAGAAGGGAAAUAUCUAUUUAAAUUUUUCCUAAGAUUCUUCAUCCUUUAAAAUUCUAAUUUCCAUAUUGAAGAAUUUGGGAGAAUAUGACUGAACUGUUUGUGAGCACCAUGGGGUUAUACUGCCCUCUAGUGGAACGUUUAUGUAAUCCAGUAUCACCAGUUUAUGUGCUCUUUUGUAAGUUAAUUUUUUUUAAUGAAGACAUAAUAUAAAUGUGUAAAUUAAUGAAGAACAAGAGUAUUUAACUAAAAAUAUAUAUAUUUCCUUAAUUAUUCUGGGAGAGAUGCUCUCCAGAAGAUGAUUUGAUGAUAUCAGGGGAAUCACACAGACUAUGUGAAUUUCAACUUUUCUCUUAUAGGAUAUAGGAAAUUGAGGCUAUGGCCAACUGUUUCCUUUUCAAAGCUUAACAAAAAUUGCAGGACCAGAGUCUACAUUUACCAGCCAGCAGAGUACUUAAAGAAAGUGGCUCAUUUGGUUAGGCCUUUUUAAAAUGGACAGUCCCCCUCCAUCCCUCCCUGAGGCAUACUGACAAAAUAACAAACAGAUACAGUAUUGGCCUACUGCUGUGAUCUUGUCAAGAGGACGUUCUGCUUUGUCAUGCACUCCACAUUAAGGUAAUAUAACUGUUGUGAGCUGAAAGACAAGGAAUGUCUGGCAAGAAAACUCUUAAUCCACCUCAAAAAUACCCUGUUGGCCACAUUGGUGUAGGAAAUGGGAUAUGACCCCCAAUCACCACAACAUUAACCAUUGAAUCAAAUUCAUUAUGGAGAAAUAUGCUAUUGUGAUGCACUUCAAUACAUAUAUUUGAUGUAUGCACUUAAUUAUGUAAUCUAAAUCUGUGUGAAGUAAAAUGACACACAUCUGGAAUGGUGUUUGUGCUGUCCUUGUCAUGGUAUUCUUACUUUGUAAAAAACCUGAGUUGAACUUUUAGUCUUUUGAGGUGUUUUGAGUGUCAGGACAAAGAAAUGCUGGAGACUGCAACCCUUUAGGAAAUAUCGUUAAGCAUAUUUUUAUACACUUUUUUAUACAUGUGUAAAUUAAGUCUGAUUUAUUAUUUAAUGAACUGCUCUGUAUUUUUAUAAUGUCCUCUCUUUAUUUAAAAUACAAGUUACUAUGUUUUUAUUUUACUGGAUUAGGGAAUGUUUUUUUGGAAAUUUGGGGAAAAAUACACUUAAACAGGCAUACCAUUGGAGCUUGACCUGCUGUAUGUCACUAUGUUACUUUGCUGUUGUAUUAUUUAUGUCUGUCAUUUAUAAUCAAUAUACAUUCUGUAAGUGUUGACAUUUCCUUUUGAAACUGCUUUUCACCCAACCCAAUAAAUUAAAAUUUAAUCUGA